AGAGAUUUUUUGAAAAAAGUUUAAAAAAAAAGAAAAGAAAAAGGAAGGAACCUGCGGGCAAAGCUUUGGUUAAUCGAACCACCGAUUUUCCACGAUUCCCGAUGAGAGCUUGAGGUGAUAAAAACUAGAUUCCUUCUUCGCCUUCCUCAUCAUCUAGUUUCCAUUGAAACUUCGCUCGAUUUCGGUGUGAGAUUUUGGAGUUGUGCUCCAGAUUGAUGCUGGCAAAGUGAAAGAAUUGAAUAAUUUCCUGUAAUUCCUUCUGGCGAUCUUGGUCACAGUCUGUUGAAUUUUCAUCAGUGCACAAAUGUUAGUUUCAGCAUCUAAUUUGUAGCAGGAGAGCAUUCACAAUCCAUCCAAAUACUGUUGCAUUCGUAAAAUCAAGUAUGGCAACUGUUCGGAUUCUAAGGGUAUCAGCAGAUUGCAGUUGUGAAUACAGGACUGUUCAGGAGGCGAUUGAUGCAGUGCCUCUAGGCAACCGCAUCCGGACAAUAAUACGCGUGGCCCCAGGCAAGUACAAAGAAGCUGUCUAUGUACCAAAGACUAAGAACUUGAUCACACUUGCAGCCUCCUGCCCUGAGACCACCAUCAUCUCCUGGGACAAUAUUGCAUCACGCAUCCAACACCACCAGCUGCCUCGUGUGAUUGGCACGGGAACCUUUGGUUGUGGAUCUACCAUAGUCGAGGGUGAGGAUUUCAUUGCUGAGAAUAUCACUUUUGAGAAUUCCGCACCUCAGGGUGCUGGCCAAGCUGUGGCAAUCAGAGUGACAGCUGAUCGAAGUGCCUUCUAUAAUUGCAGGUUCCUGAGUUGGCAGGACACCUUGUAUUUGCAUCACGGGAAGCAAUAUUUGAGAGAUUGCUAUAUUGAAGGUAGUGUGGACUUCAUUUUUGGGAAUGCUACUGCUCUUCUAGAGCACUGCCAUAUUCACUGCAAGUCACCUGGAUUUAUAACUGCGCACAGUAGAAAAUCUUCUCAGGAGACAACUGGUUAUGUUUUCUUAAGAUGUGUGAUCACUGGGAAUGGAAACACUUCAUAUUCGUAUCUUGGGCGGCCAUGGGGUCCUUUUGGCCGGGUGGUGUUUGCAUUCUCUUGGAUGGAUGCAUGCAUCAAACCUGCUGGGUGGAAUAACUGGGACAAAUGCGAUAAUGAAAGAACUGCAUGUUUUUAUGAGUACAGAUGCUCGGGACCAGGUAGUCGACCUUCGGAUCGAGUUUCAUGGGCUCGGGAAUUGAUGGAUGAGGAAGCCGAACAAUUUCUGGCGCAUUCCUUUGUUGAUCCUGAUCCUCAAAGACAAUGGCUGCUCCAACGAAUGGCAGUGAGAAUACCAUUGUCUGCCUAAGAAAGUCCAGAGGCUGGGAGCAUUCCCUUGUUCAUCAACAACAUACAUAAUAUAUUUGAAUUAUCGCAUGUGCAUUCCAAACAUAUAUUGAAUGUUUAGAGAAUGGAAAUUGCCUGCCCAACAUUUGAUAUGCAUUAUCAUGCUCCGCAUCUGUUCCACUAACUAUUGCAGAUUAAUAAGAUGCUUGGGU